AUGGCUCCUACUCUCGAACAACAGCUCGAACAGGCACAGUCUCUUGCUCCCAAAGAGCCCAAACGCGCAGAAGCGGUCUAUAAAGAAAUAUUGAAAGAGCCGGCACAGGACAAUGCGGAGGCGCUGAGGCACCAGGAGACUGCGCUCGUCAAGCUCGGCGAGUUGUAUCGCGAUCAAAAGAAUGCGAAGGGACUGGCAGAAGUCAUCACACUCUCACGAUCGUACAUGUCCGCCACAGCAAAGGCAAAGACGGCCAAGCUCAUCCGCACACUACUGGACUACUUCAACCCAAUACCCGAUAGUGCUCAGACACAAAUAGACGUCUUGAAGGAGAACAUCGACUGGGCGAAGCGCGAGAAGCGUAUAUUCCAGAAACAGAACCUCGAGACACGGCUCGUCGGAAUCUACCUCGACACAAACCAAUACAAACCCGCGCUCGCAAUGAUCGACGGCCUCCUCACCGAGCUCAAGCGCCUCGACGACAAAAUGGUCCUCACCGAAGUCCACCUCCUCGAAUCGCGCGUCUACCGCGGCAUCGGCAACCUCUCCAAAUCCAAAGCCGCCCUCACCUCCGCCCGCACGGCCGCGAACAGCAUCUACUGCCCGCCGCACCUGCAGUCCGCGCUCGACCUCCAGUCCGGCGUGCUGCACGCCGAGGACAAGGACUACACCACCGCGUACUCGUACUUCUUCGAGACGUUCGAGGGCAUGGCGGCGCAGGACGACGAGGCGGGCGCGUUGAACGCGCUGAAGUAUAUGCUGCUUUGCAAGAUCAUGCUCGCGGCGCCGGACGAUGUGACGGCGCUGCUCACGCAUAAGAACGCGACGCCGUAUGCGCAGCGGCGCGAGAUUGAGGCGAUGAGGGCGGUGGCGAGGGCACAUGCGGCGAGGGAUCUGGCCGCGUUUGAGCAGGCGCUUAAGGACUUCCGCGAGCUCUCGGCCGACGCGACGAUUCGCGGGCAUCUGGCGGCGUUAUACGAUACGUUGCUCGAGCAGAACUUGCUGCGUAUUGUCGAGCCGUACAGUGUGGUGGAGAUUGCGUACGUCGCGGAGCAGGUCGGGCAGGGGAGGCAGAGCGUCGAGGCGAAGCUCAGCCAGAUGGUGCUGGAUAAGCUGUUGCAUGGCGUCUUGGACCAGGGGAGGGGGUGCUUGUUGUUGUUUGAUGAGCCCAGUAGCGACGCUACGUACGACGCGGCGAUCAAGACGCUGGAAGAGGUCAGCAAGGUCGUCGAUUCAUUGUACGCUAAGUCGGUCAAGAUCGCAUGA